AUGAACUUGUUCACUGCAUUUUUAGUUUACCUUGGUAUUCUUCACCCCGACCCGAGUCCAUUGCGUGUGCCUUCUCACGGCGAACACCUUGUGCCAAAUGUCACACAACCAUUCCAGCCGCUUCGCGAGACGCGAUGCAACUCGCCUCUCACAAGAAGUGAUUGGUGUGACGGAUUCUCUAUCGACACCGACAGUGACGAAGACGGACCGACCACUGGAAAUAUCUGCGAAUACUCUUUCAUAAUCACGAAUACCACCAAAGAUUUCGACGGGGUGGAAAGACUUGCCCUGGCUGUGAAUGGGCACACUCCCGGACCGACGAUUGAGUGCCAAUGGGGAGACGUUCUCCGGGUCAACGUGACGAAUCUCUUGCCGAACAAUCAAACAGCCAUGCACUGGCACGGCCUCAGCCAGCGGGGUGGUGCCACGAAUGACCAGGAUGGAGUUCCUGGAGUGACCGAAUGUGCCAUCCCUCCAGGCCACAGUCGGACAUAUGAAUUCAAACUGAAGCAAUUCGGAACAGCUUGGUGGCAUUCUCAUGCUUUAUCGCAGUUUGGGGAUGGCAUUCGAGGCCCGAUCAUCAUUCACGGACCAGCAACAUCCAACUACGAUAUAGACAUGGGCGCUAUUAUGAUUGACAAUCUGUUUGACAAUAGCUCCAACCCCAUAUCAACUCCAGCAUACGCAUCUCGCGUCCUGCACGUGAAUGGAACCGCCUUCUACAAUUAUAUUCUAAACGGUGCUAACAAGUCUCCCAACCUUAAGAGGGGUAAGCAUGCUCUCUGGUCGGUCAAGCCAGGAAAGAAGCACCUCUUCCGAAUUAUCAAUUCGGCCAUCCAAAGUGCGUGGGCCGUUCACUUUGACAACCACAAGAUGACCGUCAUUGCUGCGGAUCUCGUCCCCAUCAAACCCUACACAACUGAGUGGCUUAACAUUGGCAACGGCCAGCGUUAUGACGUGGUUGUCGAGAUGGAUCAACCGGCGGAUGCGUACUUCCUUCGAGCAGUUGCCCAGCUUGGAUGUCCUGACGAGGGUGAAAACAAUGGGCUUGGCCAUGCGAAUGGUAUCUUCCGUUACGAAGACGCGCCGCUCAAGCUUCCCUCCUCCAGUGCGGGUAACAAGACGAUUACGGAUUUCUUUUAUUGUGCGGAUGAACCGUUAGCCUCCCUUGUACCAUGGAUAGAGAAGAGCGCAGGAUCCCGUACAGCAUUUGAGGCAACCGCCUCUACGCUUCCAAGCGGUGACCGUAAACGUGUCACAUUCAGUGAUGACGGCACGGUUUGGCGUUGGCCACUAAACCUUGAGACGAUUACUGUGAACUACACUCAACCAACUCUCAAGUUACUCGCCGAUGGGAUCUCUCCUUACGACAAGCCUAUCGAACAGCAAAUUGUUCUUCCUUACAAAGACCAGUGGGUUUAUUUUGUUAUUCAGAACCAGUUUUAUGCAGCACAUCCGAUGCACCUGCACGGCCAUGAUAUGGCAAUUCUAGGUCAGGGCCAUGACGAGUGGAACCCUAGCUUGAUUUCAACGCUCAAUUUUGAGAAUCCACCCAGAAGGGAUACUGCCCUCGUUGUUGGUAAUGUUGCAAAGGAUCCAAACGUAGGAGGCUACCUGGUCCUCGGAUUUAAAACGGACAACCCUGGUGUGUGGAUGCUUCAUUGUCACAUCAUCUGGCACUCCGAGUCCGGCAUGGGUUUGCAAUUCAUCGAACGACCUAACGAAAUACCGGCAAAAGUAUACACCAGCAAAGCGAGCUUCAAAGGAGAAUGUGCCGCAGAGGUGGCAUACGAGGCUGAGGAUCCAAGUCAUAUCAAGUCAGGAAGCAUCUCUGGAGUCUAG